CUUGGGAUUUCUCUCCUCUCUCUCUGCCUCCCUCCGCCUCUCUAAAAAUAUUUUUAAAAUCUCAUUCUUUUUCAAUAGAUGAUGCAGACUUUAAACAUCAAAGUAAAUGAACCAAAUAUAUUUUCCUCUUUUUGUUUGAUUCUCUUAAAUAUAUGCCAUCAUUUCAAAGGGAGCUUAUGCUAAGCAUGACUUCAUAAACAAAUCACUUGUGAAAGAGAGAAACCACAUCCAGGGUAAAGUCAUAAGUUGAAAAAGCCUUAUUUCAGAUAGUACUUCCUGAAAGAGACAAAGCAGCAACUACAGCCGAACGAGUACCAACUCCUUUACCAGGCAUUAUAUUUGAAACAACUUUGUGAAGCAACAGAAGGGCCUAAGACAAAAGAAAUACUGCAUUUCUUAGACACACCAUUUCCAGAAAGAGCUAUUUUAACACAAGAUUUCUCUUUUACAUUACUGGAUAUAAUGAAAAAUGUUCCUCUCCAACACAGCCUUUUGAUGGGCAGAAGUUUCUAGGUGCCAUUCCCCCAACAAGCUAUAAGAUGACCACUCCUCAUGAUCAAGCUCAACCUUACCCUUCUAACACCUCACACCCAGAAGAAUACAAGAUCGCAGCCCUUGUCUUCUACAGCUGUAUCUUCAUAAUCGGAUUAUUUGUUAAUGUCACUGCCUUAUGGGUUUUUAGUUGUACCACCAAGAAGAGAACCACUGUAACCAUCUAUAUGAUGAAUGUGGCAUUACUGGACUUAAUAUUUAUAAUGAGCUUACCCUUUCGGAUGUUUUAUUACGCAAGAGGUGAGUGGCCAUUUGGAGAGUACUUCUGCCAGAUUCUUGGGGCUCUGACGGUGUUUUAUCCAAGUAUUGCUUUAUGGCUUUUUGCUUUUAUUAGUGCUGACAGAUACAUGGCCAUUGUACAGCCAAAAUAUGCCAAAGAACUUAAAAACACAGGCAAAGCCGUGCUAACAUGUGUGGGAAUCUGGAUAAUGACCCUGACGACCACCAUCCCGCUCCUACUGCUCUAUGAAGACCCAGAUAAAGCCUCCACCCCCGCCACCUGCCUGAAGAUUUCUGACAUCAUCCACUUAAAAGCUAUUAACAUGUUGAACUUCACUCGGCUCAUAUUUUUUUUCUUGAUUCCUCUGUUCAUUAUGAUUGGGUGCUAUUUGAUCAUUAUUCACAGUCUCCUUCAUGGGAAGACAUCUAAGCUGAAACCAAAAGUCAAGGAGAAGUCUAUAAGGAUCAUCAUCACACUCGUGGUGCAGGUGCUCGUGUGCUUUAUGCCUUUCCACAUCUGUUUUGCUUUCCUGAUGCUGGAAGGGGAGGAGAACAGUUACAAUCCCUGGGGGGCCUUUACCACCUUCCUCAUGAACCUCAGCACCUGUCUGGAUGUGAUUCUCUACUACAUUGUUUCAAAACAAUUUCAGGCUCGAGUUAUUAGUGUCAUGCUCUACCGCAAUUACCUUCGGAGUGUGCGCAGAAAAAGCUUCCGAUCAGGUAGUUUACGGUCACUAAGCAAUGUCAACAGUGAAAUGUUAUGAAUGAAAAGAAGCUUUUGGUCUUUAAUUUCUUUAUAUUCACUUUACUAACUACUCUAAGGCCAGUGGAUAUUCUGUAUGAUACUACCAAGUCCCUUCCCUCCUGAAAAAAAAAAACACACGUAACACUUUUGCGAGAUUUUACUACUGUGGCAACAUAAUUAAAUAUUCUGAAGUAUUCUCAUGAA